AGGAGAAAUUUGCGACGCGGCACCUAUGAAGUCUCCAUUAAAUUUUCCGUCACAGUCGCGCCUUGGCCACCACCAUGUAUCACUGAUGACUAAAACCUCCCCACUUGUUCCGUUGGCCGUCGCAGCUUAAUUGACCCGCCGCAAAUCCUUUCAGCAAUCACAGCGUGCGAUCUAUGUUUCACGCCCCAAUUCCACCUGAAACCGAACCUCACCGCCAUGUCUUUCGCAGUCACUGUAUCAUCUCCCUCUCUGUUACUACUCCUCCCAAAAAAAUCUUACUUCCGCAGUUAUCCAAAAUUCCUCACAUUUCGAAACCUAAAUCCUCUCCAAGCUUCUAGAGGAACAUCUAAUUUCCCUCAGGGGAGUGAAAGUCUUGUGGAUGAUCCACGCAAUUGGAGCCGUCGGAUCAGUCAACGGUUUGAUGAAGAUUAUGGUGAUAACGAUGAUGAGGAGGACGAUGAAGAGGAGGAAGAUAGGAGUCUGGAUCUUUUAGUUAGAUUUGUUGAGAAUGUAUUCAACAAGGUUUCUAGAAGAGCUAGAAAGGCUGCACGCUCUGUUUUGCCGCUUUCAAUCUCGACCAAGCUGGUGGGAUUUUCUGUUAAUGGAGUUCUGAUUCUUGCAUUUUUGUGGGUUUUGAAGGCAUUUCUGGAGGUGGUUUGCACCCUUGGAAGUGUAGUCUUUGUGAGCAUAUUGCUUAUACGUGGUGUUUGGACUGGGCUAACCUAUUUACAAGAAAGCCGCAGUCAUCGUGUGAAUAAAAUUGAUGACGAGAAGCAUGCAUGGACCGGUGCUCAACCUGCAAGUUGAUACAUCCAUUUACAUAAUUAAUUGCUAAAAAAAAUGGUUCCAAACAUAAAUAAUACCAACCUUAGUUUGAGGAACGCUAGCAAAGCUUUCCAUCUUUGAAAAAUAUCUAUUGUUGUAAUUGAUAAUAAUGUAGGAACACAGGGAUUGCUUUGUGUAUUAAGAUCCAGAGGAAGCUAUUUGAUUUUAUAUUGAUUGAGUAGUGUAUAUAAAAGCAAGGAAAAAAUUUAAGCAGUAUGCACAAGGAUAGAAAUUCCCCCUAUGGAUUCACACAUCAGGUAAACUUAUGAAUUGUUUAUUACAAAUUUUGACAAGGUUCCUUAAUCUUCAUGUAUUUUAGUUCUUUUACUUGGUUUUUGCUUUUUGAACAGAUAUUGAGAAGUUGUAUUUUACAUUUAUUAACUGAGAAGAGCAGCAAAUACAUAUCAAGGGUAGCCUUCAUGGUUUUGCUUUAUUAUUAUAUUGUGCCAGAAGAUCCCAUGGGAAUUGAAUGCUUCCUUCUGACUUAUAUUGCCCUUGACUGUAAAAAAAUUCCUUAGAAUAUCUGGUUAUUGCUUAAAAUGGUUGUUUCAUUUCUCUGUCCUAUGUUCUCAAAACAGCCCUUGGAACUCAGAAAGCUUGUUCUUAUAUUGAUGUACAUUUAUUAAAUGUGAUUCAAGAUUUGGUAUUUAUGUUAAAA